AUGGGCUUCCAAUUUCCGUUCCUUUGUGAUCUACUUGCCAAAUUGGACAACAGCAGAACGGCCAAAGCGUCAACUGCUGCCAGGAAAGAGAACCCGGACAUCCGCAUAGUUGCUCAGUGGUUUGCUCGACAUGAACGAGGGAUAAACGAGGCGGGAACGGACAAAGUGGCACUUCUCUCAUGCAUGUUUCCCGAAAAACGAACGGACAGGGUAUACUAUUUGCAAACCACGCUACUCUCCAGAGUCAUCGGCCGAUGUCUGGGCUUGGGAUCCUCGCGACUUUCCGAACUCAACCGAUGGCAGUCACCAGGGAAUUCGGAUCUUGGGCAGUGUGUCGAGAAUGUGAUGCGCCAAGCAGAAAACCCUGUACCUGCUGGACAGGAGCUCUCGGUAGAAGAGAUCGAUCGCGCCAUGGCGAUGAUUGCGUCACGAUGCCGCUUCUCGGGCCCUCAGGUUCGACGGAAUCGUACAGCAGUGGACAUCGAAUCAACAUUAUCACCGCUUUAUCGUCGAUUGAGUAGCCGUGAUGCGAAGUGGCUCACUCGCAUGAUUUUGAAGAAUUAUUCUCCCGUUAUUUUUCCAGAACAGUACACGCUCAAGAUGUUCCACUUCCUGCUGCCUCAUCUACUAAUGCUUCAGAAUUCUUUUGAUGGGGCACUGGAAAUGCUUGCUUCUGACCCGAUAAAUCAUUUCCCGCCAAAUCCAGAUCCCAGGUCAGCCAAAAGCCUAAGCAUCAUUGCUAUGCAACAUUUGCGCCCUCGAGCUGGCAUUAAGGUGGGGCGUCCUGAGUAUUACAAAGCUCGAAGUAUCAAACAUUGUCAUCAAAUGGCCAAUGGUCGACGUAUGAGUAUCGAACGCAAAUACGAUGGCGAAUACUGUCAGAUACACAUUGAUAUGUCGAACAAGCAUGCACCCAUCCAGAUUUUCUCCAAGAGUGGGAAGGACUCAACCGCAGAUAGGGACAAGGUGAUACCCGUGAUAGAAGAAGCUCUUCGAAUGCGACAUCCCCACUGCAAAUUCACACAACGCUGUAUUCUCGAAGGAGAAUUGCUUGUAUGGAGUGACAAGGAUCGUGAGUUAAUGGACUUCAACAAACUACGGAGAUUACUUCCAAGAUCUGGCAUCUUGAUUGGUGUUGAUAAUGAUUCCCCGUACGCGCUCAUUCCACCGGGUAGCAUAUGUUCUUGUGCUAACUGGAAUAGACCGCAACCUUACGAACACUUGAUGAUCAUGUUUUUUGAUAUUCUUCUACUUGAUGAUGACAUUUGCCUAGCCAAACCUCAUCGGGAAAGGCGCUUACUCCUUCAGAACGUGGUUCAAAAGAUCCCUGGUCGAGCCGAGCUUGCCCACCAAGAGGUAUUAGACUUCAGUCGAAUCGACAGUUAUCAUCGCCUCGAAAAGACUUUUGCAAAAGCAAUCACUCAACGGUGGGAGGGGUACGUCUUGAAGGCCUCCGACGAACCCUAUUUCCCGAUAUAUUCAACCGGCGUUGAUACUAUGUUUGGUCGGUGGAUCAAACUGAAGAAAGACUACAUCCCUGGCCUGGGAGAUACAGUCGACCUUGCAUUGAUUGGAGCAAGCUACAAGUCUCAAGAUGCGCAAAGUCUUUCACAUAUCAAAAAAUUAAAAUGGACUCAUUUUUUUGUUGGAUGUCUUCUCAAUAAAGACGCUGUCCAAAAAGAGGGCUCUAUACCGCAUUUCCGAGUGAUCGAUGUGCUCGGUCGACACAGCAUGAGUAUACAGACAAUGCGAAUUCUCAAUCAAUUUGGAGAGUUCUAUGCUCGUUCGCCUGAAAAUUUUGAAGGAUUUGCCGUCGAGUAUGGACACAACAGUCUUCCCAAUGCAACCACCUUGUUCAAGCAACCUUUUGUCGUCGAGAUGCUGGGAAGUGGAUUUGAGAAACCCUCUGGCGCUAGAUAUUUCGCCCUUCGAUUUCCUCGUAUUUUGAAGAUCCACUCGGACAGGACAGUGGAAGAGAGUGCUUCCUUUCGUGAACUGCAAAUUUUAGCUGAGAAUGCUCGAGCCCUCACCUUAAAUGAGCUGGAGGAACGUGAAAAGUGGUCCAAGCGUCUCGAAGUUGGGAGUGGACUUGUUCAACAUAUUGGAAACUCAUCAGACCCGGAAGCUACCUGCUCAGACACCGAAUCGGAACCAACUUCGCCGGCAUCUCCAGCAUCCGUGCCCAUGGCUGCUUCGGCUGAUAGUUAUAUGGAUGCAUACCCAUUGACAACAACACUAGUUGAUGGUACACAAAGAGGACACCAAUUCGAUCAGUCGCAUAAGGAUCAUUCAAGUGUCCAUUUAGUAUACAUUGAUGAGACGAUACCCAAUAUUGACAUUGAAAACACAGUCUGCGAAAGCAAUGUGCUAGUGGACAAUCAAAACUUGUCAUGUUGCCAAAGCUCCAGCCAGCGGGAUGUAAAAACUGCAUCUCAAAAAUCCGAGAACUUGUCAACCGCAGUUCGACUUCAGAAAACACUGGAGCCGACUGUUUCUGGUCUAUCAAGCCCAAUGCGGGCAACCAAUCUCUACUCGGCGCACAGAAAAUACACACCAGAUACGCCAGAGACGGAACCACCUAUUUUGAAAACUGAAACAUCACUUACAUCCCUCAAGAGAAAGAUAUAUCCCCAGUCCCCCUUGACAACGAUCCCAUUAUGGAUGCCCGAACUAUCUCUGAAAAGUUUUGCACUGCCCGAUUCGGACCUACAAUUCCACCCAGACAUGAACACCGACAGUCUGCGUAGAUUUGUCCAGAGUCUCGGGUCAAAUGCAGUUCAGUCUGCACUCCAACAAUCGAACCCAUAUGCCGCAUCACAAGGCACAAGAUUUGGGAUAAUUUUGUUUGAUCCCAACAUAACCCCGCUAGGCAAAGAAAUGCACAGAGUUGUGACAACUCUUGCUACUACUGUCCAUCAAGGAAGGGCUUCGCUGGCUUCUAUCGGAAAUAUCUUCUUUUUGAGCUCGAGCAUCCUGACCCGAGAUCUACGUCCCGAGGACCUAAGAUUUUGCCUCCGUACAACAUGGUCACAGAUUGGAGGUGAACAUUACUACGGAUGCAUUAGUUGGGAUCUGAGCAGGAGACCUAUUGGUUCAGUCGCGGAUAGAGUGAAAGAAAUUAUGACGUUGAAGAUGUCUUUCCCUGACAUAACCAGCGGUGUGCCAGAUCAUCGGGACUUUGCCUCAAAUACAGGCCCGUGGAUCAAAGUCACGUUUGAUGACUCGGACGUUGCCGUGCUGGGCGAGUAUGUUUCAGUCGAACCACUUGUACACGCCCGAUAUGUUUGA